AAGGCCAGGAGCAAGGACGGCAGAAACUCCAGAAAACAAAAGCAAGCCGCGGGUUUUCAGGUGGAAAUCCACACAGAGGUCACAAAGCAAACAUCCUCAGAUAGUCAAGAAACAGGAGAGCAGCUGUGUCUUCUGGGUGUACACUGAGGAAAUGGGAACACGUCCACACAAAGAUGUGUGCGUGCUGCUCGCAGAGGCCCUGCUCACAAUGGUUUAAUGUCCUCAGUGGUGACUGGAAGAUCGAAGCGGCGUGGAUACUCGGGCUGGGAUGCUACCUGUCCAUAAAAAGCCUGGAAUUCUCACACACGGUACACACAGAUGGAUGCCGAGAACACAUGCUGGGCAGGAUCAGUGGCCACAGAAGACCGUGUGUCGCAGGAUUCCAUGUGCUUGGCACAUGCCAGGCGGGCAAACCCACCAAGGCGGAAGUAGAUCAGCUGCUGCUUCGUGCCAAGGCCAGGUGGAGUGAGGGGAUGGGCAGAGAGUGCGGGGUUCUUUGGAGGUGAUGGAAACACCCUACAUGUGACUAGGUUCAAGACUAGGUUAAACUGCCACACAGAACAUGCUAUGUGGCUGGCUUUGUGUCGGCUGUGAGUUAUAACUCUAAACUGCUAGGAGGUCACCUAGCAUGAGAAAAGCACAGACAGUGGCUGUAGCCUCUGGGCAGCCAUACCAUGAGGCUGUCCUCAUCCUGGAGCCCACUUUUGGGGAUGACCAAGAUGGAGGCCUUGGUCUGAUGUCAGCAUUCAUGGAAAGGAGGUGGGCACCACAGACCUGCAGAGCAGGGACCCAGAGAAUGGGACAGGAGCUCACAGCGGUGGCACAGAGGAGGGAACAGAAGGCAGCAGGGUGCCAGGGUCGCAUCUACCAGUGGGGCAGCCUUGGGGAGUCACCACAGUAUCAUUCUGAAUCCCAGGCACAAAUUCAUGCUUAUCCCAGGACUCACGUGUUUCUGUGUGUAUGUGUGGGCAUGUGUGUGUGCACCCACAUGUGUAUAGUGUCAGUGUAUAGCUGAGUGUCUGUGUGCUUAUGGUGUACAUCUGUGCGUGCUUUACAUGCAUGGUGUGGUGCUGGGUGUGUGUGUCUGUGGGUGUGAGUGUCUGUGUGUCUAUGUGUGUACGUCUUUGUGGUUGCCUGUGUGUGCAUGGUGUGUUUGUGUAUAUGUGCACCAGUGCAUCUCUGUGGCGUGUGGGUCGCCUGUGUGUAGGAAAGCAGAGACAACACCGCUGGUUCUGCCUCCCAGGCCAGUAGGGAGGAGAAGGAUUAGGUGUGGGUCUGUACCCCAGGAAGACUGCCUCCCUGAUUUGUGGUCAGUGAGUCCAGCCAGGGGUGUCAGCCACAAAAGCUCCAAGUACCCACCCUACAACUCAGAGUCACCAGGGCAACCCCCCAGCCCACGGUGACCCACUCUACCUGCACACUGCCAGCGAGGGCACCUUGUUACCCAGCAAGACAACAAGGCAAGCGCCCUCCUUCCCAGGGGCCCAGAGGACCUUGAAUGACCCUUGCCUGCUGGCCACACUGCAGUCAGCCCUGCCCUCUGCACAUACUGCUCUUGGGAACAUUACAAAAAGAAAAUCAGAGCCACUGACCUUGGGCGGAAGGCUAGGAACCUUCAAGGUCAUGACAAUGGAAAACUCCUCAGGGAAGAGGUCGCAUCUGGAGAAAAUCCUUGAGGCAGGGAAGCUCACUGUGCGGGGCGGGGCGUCUGAGAGCUGGAGUCCCCACACGCCCUGCGCCUGCGCCAUCUUGAUUCUGUCCACAGCACCAUUCACAGGGAUCACCUCAGCCAGGAUGUCCAGGGGAUGCAGGUCUGUGUCAAAGAUAGCACAGGCAGGUUAGGGCCACAGCGGGAGGUGAUAGCUGCAGAUGGGACACCUGAGGGGCAGGGUCUGUCCUAGGCACUUUGUGCAUUUCACAAUGUGAAAGGUGAUAGAAUUAAGAAUUACUGUGUUGGCCCUAACCAAAAUGACAGCUAAUACAGUCAGGAGGACACUGGAGAAAGGAUCCCACACACGUGUGCUUGGUGAUAAGAAUGGCCAGCAUGGCCACUUCCUCCUCGCACAGAGACUGCUUCUCUGAGGGUGUCUGACUGGGGCUGGUUGCUGUCCUGUGGUCGGUUCGCACUCUCCCUGUGCCCAGACAGAUGCUGUGCCCAUGUGCAUUCUCGCGGCCCGCACUCCUGGUGGCGCCCAAAGCCGGUGCCCUAUCGGGGCAGCUCAAGGAGGGGCAGCAGGCCUGGGGGAGGCUCACUCCCAUGCAGCACCCUGAGGACCAGCAGUGGCAGCUGACUGGUCACUGCUGUCCCAGGGGAUGGAGCUAUGGGGUGUCAGGCAGUGCAGUGCAGACAGGGCCCCCAGGCGUGCUUGCCACCAAGUCAGGCUGGAGCCAUGCAGGGGGUGCUGUGAGCUUCAGGGUGCUGCAUGGGAGUGGGCAGCGGGUGGCAGCAGGCAGGCAACCAGUCAUGGCUGCCUCCACCAUGUCCGUCUGUUCCAGCGCUUGCACCGAGCCCUGGCAGCUGGACGACUGCCCAGAGAGCUGCUGCGAGCCCCCCUGCUGCACCUCCAGCUGCUGCCAGCCCAGCUGCUGCGCCCCGGCCCCCUGCCUGAGCCUGGUCUGCACCCCAUGCUGCCAGUCAGGCUGCACCAGCUCCUGCACACCCAUGUGCUGCCAACAGUCGAGCUGCCAGCCAGCCUGCUGCUCCUCCUCCUGCGAGUCUUCCUGCUGCGUGCCCACCUGCUGCACACCUGCCUGCUGCACACCUGUCUGUUGCACACCUGUGUGCUGUAAGCCCGUCUGCUGUACACCUGCCUGCUGCACACCUGCCUGCUGCACACCUGUCUGUUGCACACCUGUGUGCUGUAAGCCUGUGUGCUGCACACCUGUCUGCUCUGGGGGCUCCUCCUCCUGCUGCCAGCCUGCCUGCUGCUCCUGCUCCCCCUGCCAGCCGGCCUGCUGUGUGCCCAGCUGCUGCACACCCUCCUGCUCCUCCGUGUCCCUGCUCUGCCGCCCCGUGUGCAGACCCGCCUGCUGCCUGCCCUCCUCCUCCUGCUGCACCUCGUCCUGCCAGCCCAGCUGCUGCUGCCCAUCCUCCAGCGUGUCACUGCUCUGCCGCCCCGCCUGCCCCCGCCCCGCCUGCUGUGGCCUCUCCUUGGGCCAGAAGUCCUGCUGCUGAAAGAACUCUUGGGAGGUUGCUGCACCCUGUUCCCUGGCUUCUUUACUAU